UGAAACUCUAAUUACCUUACCCAUUUUUCCUUCCCUUUUUUUUCCCUUGACAAACUGACCCCCUCCCCCCACAAUUAACAAUUUUAUUGUUUUCUUUUUACAAGGUGUUGAAAACACUUUUAAAGAGACAAGAAAGUUGAGUAUUGCAUAAUGAGAAAAUGUUUGAUGUAAAGCAACGAUAUUCAAACCGCACGCUUGAAUAUCCAUCAUGUUUCUCUGCCAUGUACAGUGGCACUAGAACUUACGCUCACACUAUAAAAAUGAACCGCUAUGAAAUUUACUAUUUUCUCGUUGAUGUUGGUAUCCAAAUUUUCAUCUUCAUCUCAAUCUUAAAAGCCAUUGAAAAAAUGGAACAGAAACCAUAUAAAUACUUUUAAGAAGAAGAUAAACAAGAAGUAUUUACCUUUUUAUUGUUAUUCCUCCGUACAGAAAUCGAACUUUUUAGAUUUGACGAGACAAUAGACAAUUGUAGCAAUGCAGCACAAACCAUUCUCUUGUCAGUGGAACCCAAAGAAACGCCAUUUACUUCCUGGCGAUAGUUUAUUUGAAGAUGGAGACAUUUUUUGUAACCUCUUGCUGAAGCAAAUGUCUUUGGCCGAUGAAGAAUUUAUUAACAAAGUCCCUGAGUUUCCCUGUGGUAUGGCUGGCUGUCAAAAGACCUUCAAUAACUUAGUAAGUUAUGAAUGUCACUACAACAGCCUCCAUCGGAACACUUGUGCCACGUGUCGCCGUAUAUUUCCAUCGUCCUACCUCCUCGGACUUCAUAUACAAGAGUGGCAUGAUGUCAUGUUUGAUAUUAUGUCAGGCAAAAAACCAAUGUUUAGCUGCUUACUGGAAGCAUGUGGACAGAAAUUCCAGACAUCUCAAGACAGGAAGGAACACAUGAUUAAAUGUCAUAAAUAUCCUGCCAACUUCCGAUUUGAUAAACAGAAAAAUAAAUGUAAAAGUGUAACAGCAGAGACAGAAGAUAAGACAGAGAGUAAAGUGGACAACAUGGAAGUAACAACAGCAACAGCAACACCACCAACAACAACAACAACCACCACCACCACCACCACAAAGAAAUAUAACAAGAUUCCUAAAAACAUCUGUUUUGGUAAAGGUUCAGUGAGAACAUUCCACAAGCAACAACAGAACCCUACCAAACAUUGGCACCAACAGUUCAAGACGGAGAAAGGUGAUGGUGGUGGAGACAUUGAGGAAGUUACCAUGACAGACUUGAUGACUGCCCUGGAAGAAACCAGUUAAUACUCGCCACUUCGUAUUUAUUCUCACCCUUCAAGAAAUGGUUUCCUUUCUUUCUUUCUUUCUUUCUUUUUUUUUUUUUUUUUUUUUUUUUUUUUUUUUUUUGGUUUAUUUAAAUUUCUCUCUCUCUCUCUCUCUUUCUACUAAUUAAACAUAGGGCAGAUUUAGAUAAUAAUAUAUUGGACUCCCAAUUGUCUGCUUUACAUAUCAACUCUUUUUACAACAGUAACAAUAACCUGCCAACCAUUUCAUUGCUGAACACUGCUAGAGUGUUUUCGUCGUUCUCUCUCUCUCUCACACACACACACACACACACACACACACAUACUUUCUACCUAUCUACCUUAUAUCUAUCAGUUCUGCAUAAACUUAGCUGCUCUAAGAUAUAAAAAUAAUCCCUCAAAAUUAGUAGGUCUUGUUUUUCACAACGGGUCCUCUUUAUGUGUGUGUGUGCAUAUAUAUAUAUAUAUAUAUAUAUGGUCCAACCCAUGUCAGCAUGGAAGGCAAAUGAUAAUGAUGUGUGUGCGUGUAUGUAUGUAUAUUUGCAUGAAGGGGCAGUUACGUGUUUUAAUAAUGAUUGUAUGAACAGAAAAUUAAUCAUAAGCAAAACCAAGAAAACCCAGUAGUGUAUAUAUAUACGUAUACGUCCAUGUGUGUAAGUGUGCAUAUAUAUGUAUCUCUGUAAAACUAUAUAUGUGUGUGUGUCUCCAUAUUUUGGUGUAUAUAUAUAUUAAUAUAUAUACUUUUGUGUACAUGUGUGUGUGUGUGUGUGUUUAUGUAUAUAUAAUAUAAUCUGUCAUAUAUUUACUGCUAGAUAAUUUUUAUUGAUAAUAAAAUGAAAAAAAUGAAUAUGCUUUAAAUUAAGUUUAUAUGUAAUACACUGCAGACAGUAACCUAAUGGUAUAUGUACAUUAAAGUCUUUCUGUGUGUGUGUAAAACAUGCAAAAUCUAUCGUGUGAAU